ACCACACAAAAAGAACCACCAUGGCGCACCACAUGAGUGAAGAUAAAAACCCGGCUUUGAAGGAAAGAUGGAUCUGUGUCUAUCCCACCUACAUCAAUAGCAGAAAGACUAUUCCAGAAGGACGUCGGGUUCCUAAAUCUAAAGCAAUAGAAAACCCAACAGUCAAUGAAAUAAAAGAUAUCUGCAAUGCAGCUGGCCUGCAGGUGAUCGUUGAGCCUGGAAAGUUAUACCCUCGAGACACGAACAGAGAUCCUUUAUUUCGUGGCAGAGUAAGAGUACAACUCAAAAAUGAAGACAACACACCUGUAAAAGAACAGCUUCCAAACAGAAAAUCAUUGUUUUUGUACAUCAGUGAGAUGAUUCCCAAACUCAAGACAAGACAACAGAAGCAAGGAGGUGGGGCAGAGUCUUCAGCAGGAGGCCAAGACAAAGGGAAGAAAAAGAAGAACAAGAAAAGAUGACGCGGUGGUUAUUAAAAAGUUUUGCUUUUUUUCUCUUCUUUCUCAAUCUUUGAUUCUGUUUGGGGAGGGACUUCCUGGAGCAUUCAAAAUUGGGUCAAUUUCUUAGAGUAUGUAAGUUUUAUUCUAGUUAUUCAGAGGGAAUUUUAAAGAAAAUAAUUGAAAUAAAGUGGGAUUUCUUAAAAUGAAAUGAUCACAAUGGUACUGUAAAACGUUGUAUCUAAUAAUGCAUGGAGACAAGGUUUUCAUUUGUAAGAAUUUUGAAGAUCAAAGAGAGCUUUGUCUUUGGUAUUAUUAUUAUUAUUUAUUAACAAUAAUAGUCAAAAAUAGCUUUUUACUACGAACUAGUGGACUGUGAUCAAGUUACUAACCAGCAAUGUAUCUGGGUUAUUUGGGACGCCCUAACUCAAAUCUGGACAGGCUACUUUGUGAUUAAUUUCCAAGUGUAGUGCAGCUCAGCCAUUUGGACGGCUAAUUUUUCAUUUGAAAUUUAUUGAACAUUUAUAUGUGUAUUUAGAAACUGCCCUUUUUAGAACACUGACUACCUUUGGGUGGUUUACUAGGAUUCCUUCCUCACUCUAACAAUAUUUAAAGGCAGUGGACACUAUUGGUAAUUACUCAAAAUAAUUAUUAGCAUAAAACCUUACUUGGUAACGAG